CUUACAAAACAAUAGUGAAGGUCCUGCUCCUGGCAGCUGACGAAAACAGGACACAAGAGGAAGAGGAGGAAGUCACAAGUCAGCCGGUGGUGGUGGUGGUGGUGGUGGUAUAUUUGACUAAUUUAUCUCAUGUUGAUUUUGAAAAGCAUCAAUACAAGUCAGGAAUAGCCAAGAGCACUAAAAAACAACAACUUGAUGGACGUGAGGUGCAGUGAGUGUAUUGCCACACCGACAAGGACCUAUAGUAACAUGGCACUAUUGGUCCCGGCAGUGGCAGGGCGCAUGAGGCUGGCACUGGCCCCUUCCUGGUCGGUAGUGAGGGCAGUGUGCCAGGGCCGGGGGGCGUGGCACAACCCUAGACGUGACUCCCCCUCCUUGGCCCUCCCUGCCCAUCCCUUGUCAUCCCCUGCCUCCCUCACCCUGGCACGGGGAUAUGCCAAAGGGAAGGAUAAGAAGGGGAAAGGCAAGCAGCAGAAGGCAGUAGUGUCUGAGGAGGAGAUGAGGGAGGUGGUUAAUGUGGAGAAAAUGACAGACCACUUUAGCCAGUUAGUGGAGGCGCUGAAGCAAGACUACAUCAAGACCCUUUCUGUCAGGACUGCUGUAGGAAGCAUCGAGUCCCUCCUGGUGCAGCUGGAGGGGGACGAGUACCCCAACGAGGUGGCUCAGGUGUCCCGCAAGUCGCCGCAGGUAGUGGUCAUCAAUGCCGCCGCCUUCCCACAGGCUCUCCCGGGCAUCCUGGCAGCCAUCAGGGGCACUGGCAUGAACCUCAACCCACAGCAGGAGGGAACCACUGUCAUCGUCCCUGUGCCUAAAGUGACGAGGGAGCACCGGGAGAACAUGGCCAAGGGUGCUAAGGUCAUGUUCAACCGUUGCAAGGACCAGCUGAGGGACGUGCAGAACCAGUACAUCCGCAAGGUGAAGAACAAGGAGGGACAGGUCUCUGAGGACCUUGUCUUCAAUAUCCAGCUUAGGAUUCGGGAGUUAGCUGAGGGGUACAUGCAAGAGGCGGAGAACAUGAUGCAGGCCAAGCAGAAGGAACUGUUGAAGACCAGCUAACGUCCUGAGCCAAGUCAUUGUGUGCCAGCAGUGUGGCAACGUGUCUGCCCUCCAGGGAAGUCAGCGCAGCACUGAGGGUACAAGUCCACCAGGUGGUGACUUGUUAUGCUUCACUGACUCUGGCACAGCAUGGAGGGACACAGAGAAAGGAAUCUGAGAGGCUGUGGUGAGUGACUGGGAUCUGCAAAUAUACUGAGGCUGAGGUACUGAAUAAAGAUCUGGAGAGAGAUUAAGAGAAGAGGCUGUGGGGAGUGACUGUAGGUUUGUCAACAUACUGUGGGGGACAUACUAUGGGGCUGUGAGCUGUGGUGAGAGAGAGAGAGAGAGAGAGAGAGAGAGAGAGAGAGAGAGAGAGAGAGAGAGAGAGAGAGAGAGAGAGAGAGAGAGAGAGAGAGAGAGAGAGGGUGGGAGGGGGGAGGGGGGCUAUCUUGGCUACCCACCAACAAGAGGAUCCCUCAAGUUGGUGUGUGAUGGGUCCAUACACCCGUCUUACAAUCACAUGUCUUGGAGGACUUCGUGUGGUGCACCUCUUCAAAUCAAACAAUAGCAGUGUAAUACAUCUUCAAAUCAAACAAUAGCAGUGUAAUACAAGUGAGUGGAAGUGUGUAGUGUCUCCCUCAGCACCAGAGUUCAUGACAUUUGGGUCUUACUUAACAUUAAAUGAAAUCCUAUACAGCAAAAUACUGGUCAAGUUGUAACUUUAACCUUAAGACUGAACAUUUAACACCUCAACAUGAACAGACUGUGAUGAGAGGUACUGUUUGCCUGUGAGUGAGCAGCAACAAAGCUCACACCACCAGCUGUCAAGGUGUGGUGGCGAGUCGCUGGUUGCCACAUGCCUUGCAGCUCCCACACUUGGCAAACGGUUGCUCUCCACACACAACACCUUAGGUAGCUGACAGUUCAGUGAUGCGCUGCUGUGAUGCGCUACAGAAGUGUGACUCCUUAGUAACAAAAUCUAUAAAGUUACAUUGAUCUCAUGGUGGCACGUGGAUGGGAGACUCACUAUGGUGGAGGGAGGGCAGGACAAGGUAGGGAAGGAACUGCCUGGUGAUGAGGCAAAGCAAGAGGGAGGCGGGAGAUAUGCAUUUACUGGUGAUGCAAGUUUUAACAUAACUGACUUCAAUGUACACAAAGGUAUGGCUGAAUUGCUUUGGUAUUUAUCACCACUUCAUUUCUGUUCUUCAUAUUAAAUUAAUAAAUGCUUCACACAUUAAUAUUCUUGUUCUACUUCACACAAAACACUGUCACAGCUGCUUUACACUUAAAAUUAUACAUGGAGAAGAUGUAUCACUGUGAAUUACAACUUGAAAUGCAAACAGCAUAAGUAAUGUAAUGAUGAAAAGUUAUUAUAUCAUGACUGUCA